UGCAAUGGUCUCUUGUUUGAGGUCAAGUAGGCCCAUACGGGCCAUACCCCACUCCUCAGGCAUCCUUAUUAUGAUAUAAUGCCAGGCCUCUUUACAGUAAGGCAUCUUCCUUUUAGUACUAAACGAUUGUUUGUACAACUGCCAAGGUUCUAUCGGCAGCAGGAGCUUAGUCACAAGCCCCCAGCGAAUGCAAAGGAAGAGGAGGUCUACUAUACGCAGUAUGUGGAUCACCAACAAGUGGAGUCGGUUUCAGGUCACUGCGAGAUUUUGAGCAAAGCGGAAUACAUGCAUCGGAAAUCCAUGGGCAUGAAUGUUGGUCCAAAAGCUGGAGUGUAUAUGUGUGACUUCUCCUACUCGGCGGAAACAGGGCAAUUUACACCGUUGACAAGGAGUGAAAGUGGGGAUCUCUCUGGCACAUCAGAUGGGAGGCGAGCGACGUUGAGUGGAUGUGGACGAGGGUCGUCGGCAACUGCGAAGGAGCUCGCCGAGGUUCUUCUUGAAAUAGAAGAAAGUGCGCCUGCAGCUGUGAUACCACCCUCGUGGAAAGGCCAACGAUUGGAGUGGUGCAGACGAGCAAAGGAUGCACAUACAAUCAGGGAUGUUGCACGCUCCUUGCUUGAGCUAGAGGAAAGACUGAAAAUCCCUUACUCAAAGGAUAGUUUUGCAAAGGACCGAUCUGCUUGGCGGAAAACUGUCUCAGGACUCCAUACUUAUGAUCUGCUAACGAAGCACCUUCUGUCGUUCAAGAAUGCAUUAGGACGGCUGCGUGAUACAGGCCAGAGGGAGGAGCAUACUCAUGGGGAAAGCCUGUCAAGAUCUUCUGCCCUCAUUGUUUGUCCUCGACAAAAUGGGGGCUAUUCUGGAUCUCAGAUCCUUUCAGACGCACAGUCAACGGGUAUGAUGGGCAGAGUGACGAUGCCGUCGGCAAAUUAUGACCAUCAGCAUGGUGCCGAGGUGUCGCGUGAUGAGCUUGGCAGUGAAGAAGGCAGUGUGGUGGAACGAAAGCAGAAUCAAGAUGGACAGGAUGGUGAUGGAAGUGGGUCAACGGUGGCGCCUAUUCAAAUGCAGGACAGUGGCAGGCGUACGAUGGCAGGUUUGCUAGAGGAGGGUGACCGGCUUGAGGAAAGUGAGGAACGGGGAAAAUCAAACUUGAGGUGGGUGGACAUUGGAUCCCCAAACAGCAAAGUGCUUCAGAGCAAUGGAGUGGAUCGUGCAGCAUCCUGUGGUGAACCUGAGGCAGCCAGCAGACAAACAGGUUAUGCUGCUAACGGAGCUGACAAUGAGCAAUGUGCGCAAGCAUGUCCCGACUCUAAGGCCAGGAAGGGCAGCAAUGGUGAGGCAGUGGUUGCAUACCAACUUCACAAAGAGGAGGGUAAUGAUAGGAACGAUCAGAGUGAAGAGGCCUCCAGGGGAAAAUCUUACAGGGAAGGUCAAGGAUUGAGCCUUCACCAGGUGAAGUUGGGUGCACUCUUCGAGAUAGAUGCAGAUGGGCUACCGGAAGCGGCCUUCUCUGAGAUGGAGCAAGCCAGAGUGGUAAAGGUGAGUGGCAAGACGACACGCCAUGUGACCGUCGUGUAUCCGACGUUACAGUCUGUGAAGAGUGCCAUCAUUCAGCCGGUCGACAGCUCAACACGACUUUCAGAUGAGAGCCCUUGGCAGGGAGGAAACAAGGCCUUGCCUAUAGAAUUCCUUCCUGCCUGCUGUCGGUCGUGGGGGUCUGCUUUUGAACAUGGUGUGGAUGAUGCAUUUCCUGCCUUCUUGGGGAGCCAUCAUAAUUGGUUGCUUUCCAAGCAUCCAGAUCUGGACGGCUCGGGAAGAUUGGAAGGGAGCCAAGUACGUAAGGUUCUUAUCCGUGAAAUCACUGCAGUGGAGCUUGAUCAGUGUGGCAUGCGUGCCUGUUUCUGGUUGAAAGGUGCCUUUGGCUCCUCCGUUCCUCCUCCGUCGAAGGUGCAGCCUUUCAUGGAUGCGAACUCGCGUGGAUGCAAUGGUAUGUUUCACGAACCAGGUGCUGAGGUCAUUGAGUCCAGGAGUAACUGGGUUCAAGGGGAGUGGAAAAUUUCCCCCCCCCCGCACAAUGUGGAUGGUAAUGAUGUGGAUGCAAUUGAGCGGGAUUCUGGUGGUGGUUUGCCAAAUGAAACGUCCGAGACGGGUGGUGCUGAGGCAAAUAAUGUGAGGUGUAUGGGUCGAAGACAUGGCAAUGGCACUUCCUUGGUGCCUUUCUCGGCCAGCCUCAAUGGUUGCACUGCAGAAAAGGAGUACGGCUCAGAGGGGCAGGAGUACAAGUACCAGCACCAGAGCUCUGCACAGUCUCAAUCGAGUAGAGAAGUCCUUCCACUUGACAGCGAAAGCAGGCUGCCUGAUCUGUGCUGGGAUAGUGCAGAUGGAGUUGCCAAGGAAGACCUAGAGAUGGGGAGGGGUAACCCUGCAGAACUGGCUGGAGUCAAGCGAAAACUGGACAGCCUUGCUGAGGAAGGGAAGGGGCAUGAAUCUGCUGGGAAACUAGCAAGAAGGUUCUCCCCCAAAAAGCAAGGUUCAGAUAUCCGGCUCAGCGGUCGAGCAGAGAAUGCCAAGGGGUUGUCGGGUGCUGUUAAGGCCAGGAAGGUUGAUAGUGGUGGAAAGGAUCCCUCUUGUGCUGUGGUCUCCCCAAAAACAGGGAGUCUUGCUAACCUGGCGGCCAAUGGGAGGUCUAGGCAAGGGGGAAGCAAAGGGGAGAGAAAACGGAAAGCUCGAGAUGAUGAUGAGCUUUCAGCAAAAGAGGGACUUCCGGAGAUGGUUCGUGAGGAGCUAGAUAACGGUGAUGGAGUCCAUGCAGCAGCAGAGGCGCUGACUCAGCUCAUCCCAGUGGGAAAUCGCCUCAUAAUCGGUAACCCUCAGGCUGAGCCUUCACAGCACAAAGAUCGGGAUGUCUGUAAAGCACCAGUCAACGGGACAGACAAAGAGCCUUGCCUUGCUGGUGAAGAAGAGGAAUAUGAGGAAGAUCCGGUUGAACAGGAUGGGGUUGUCAACACACGUCCUCCGGUGAAGAGGAGGAGAAGGGUAGUAUCGUCCAGCAGGAAAUGUCCAGUGCCAGGCUCAGUACCGAUCAGCCAAAGGGAACUCCCAAAGAAGGGCCGAGUUCUUGGGAGAGAGAUAGAUGUUAAUGUGGCAGUCAAGCAAGAAGAACUGACAGAUGAGGAGGCGCAAGAUGGGCAAUGCACAGCUGCUGAGCCAUCAGGGGAUGGGAAUGGGAACAAGUUUGAGAAUGAGGAGCAGCAACCGGAAGCCAGCAAUGAAGGCCCUGGAGCGGAGACGGAGGCUGACGAUCGAGAUAGCAUGGAAAUGGGUGCAGUGGUUUUCAAGCGCAUCCACAGGUCUAACGCCAGGCCAAAGCUCCCUCGAAAAAGUCCAAAGAUGAUUGAUGAUGGUGUGGCUGCAAACGGUGGAGUGACUGCAAAAUCAGGAGGCAUGGUUCCUGAACAACCCAGUCCAGCCAAAAAUCAUGCAGAGGAUGUCACAAACGCCACUGAUGGACAGGGGCACAUGGUGGGUAGUCAAGGGGGAAGUGGACACGCUAAAAAAGGUAGCAUUACAGCAGUUAUGAAAGGCCAAAUGCGCUCCCUGAAAGACGGGAAAAUUGCGAAGCCAAAGGUGCGUAAGACUGGAAGUGUAAGCAAACUGAAGGUGUCAAGCCAGGGUGGAGCAGUGCUGAUGGACCCGAGUGGGAGUGGUAGUUUGGAAGGACAGCCAUCGUCAGGCGCCAUCGGUGGCCAUGCUUCAAAGAAGAAAAGUGAAGAUUCCAAAGAAUCCUCACUGAUGAAGCUCCCGAAGGACAUGCGGGGGCGAUGGUCUGUUGAGAGGUAUAAAGCUGCACAAGUGAAACUGGUUGAGAUAAUGCAUGAGAAGGGUGCAGGGCCUGGAAAUCCCAUUUUGCGUCCAGCUCUGAGGGAGGAAGCUCGAAGGCAUAUUGGUGACACAGGCCUGCUGGACCAUUUGCUGAAGCACAUGACGGAUACAGUUGUGGGCAAUGGAAAGGAGCGCUUUAGACGCAGGCACAACUCAGAAGGAGCUAUGGAGUACUGGCUGGAAGACGCACAGCUUCAGGACCUUCGUCGCUCUGCAGGCAUGGACUUGACACAUCCAGCAUAUCCGCUCCCAGGCGGCGGAGUGUGGGGCAUUGGAGGGGGUGUUGUGGGAGGUGUUUCAAAAGGAAUGUCGGAGGACGAGACACGGGAGUUCACAUGGCUUAAGGAGAAUAUGAAAGCCUUGCAGAGAGAUUUUGAGAGGUUGACCAAUCGCCUUGAGAGGCCUCAAGCGUCAGAGAUGAGGAACCAGCAACAGUUUUUGAAGGAACAUUUUUAUCUGCUGAAGAAUGAGGUCUAUACCAAAGUGGAGGCAUUCUCGAAGGAGCUGGAUUUGAUCAAGGGAAAGAUGGAAGCUAUCCAGCAGGACCUGGCAACGGUCAUGAGAGAGAUGGAGGAGAGGAGUGAAGUCAAAGCCAGUGACCAAGAAAAGGCUGGUGGGACUGUGGAGGCAGUUGUUAAGGAGCUGCUGCAAAGUUUUGAAGCAAAGAUGGUGGAGAAAUGGGACAAGCUGGAGGCUCAAGUACUCGCAAGAACAGAGGAGGGAAAUAAGCGAGUCCAAGCGAUCUCCACUGAGCACCAACAUCUCACAUCACAAUUUCAGGAACUUUGCUUCCAGUUCAAAACCCUCCAGCAUGGUCUCAUACAGAUGAGUACAGCACCGAGUUUUGCACCGAGCAUAAUGCCAACGCUUGGACCUCUCCAGGGCUGUGAAAUCCGAUCUCAGGUCAGCGGGGGGGCAGCCCCUGCUUGUGACUCAACCUCUGCUGCUUCCAAAAAAGUGGUUCCUGGCCAGCUUCCUGUUAUCCCUUCGGCCAAUCCUGGUGGUCCACCACAGCCUCCAACUCCUGCUCGGCAUCCUCGGAGGGUUCAACCGACUACGCCCACAGUUCUCUCCGGAAGAGCAGCUGCGGGGAGCAUAAGGCCAGCAAACCUUCAUCUGCCAAUGACAUCUGAGGAUGGGGCAGGGGAUGUGUUGCCGAACAGUGCCUUUGGAAGUCCGGCGAACACAGUCAAGCAUGCACCCAAGGCAGCACAGAAGCCUGAUGGGGCUUGGGGUUUUUUAUCUCUACUCACAGGUUCACCGGGGGGGAACGGAGAAACGGGUAUGGCCCUGAAUAGCCCAGCUACUCCGUCGUUUAGUGCAGGGAUGCCUGCGCCCGGCACACCAGGUGCAUGCCCCACUGUGAUCUGGCCAACAUCCGGAUAUGUGCUGAGGACCGACAUGUCUGACAUGGUUAACCGUGGGGGCUUUCUGGAAAAUGGCCUGGGCUCUACCAGCCCUACGCCGACGGGAAGGCUGACUCCAUCCCUGCCUGUUGUCCCACCCCCAGCAGACAACACGAUGAUGUUGCAUAGGGACUCAAUCUCUCUGUCGUCAUUAUCUGGCCCAUUUUCAGGAAAGGCAGAACAACUCUUCGGGUUCCCUCGGCCGCAGGUGGGACCGGGGAACAGUGUGGCAGCAGUAAACACAGAUGGGCCUGCAAGGCAGAGUGUGGUCCUUGAAGCUGGUGUCGACCAUAAGGCAACUUUGGUUUUAGGCCUGCCGGGCAGUAGGGCUAUGGAGACAGAUACGUCACUGGCACAUACACAUUCAAAAGACAACUCAAAUGUUAGUCCUCAUCAGCGCUGGAGUCCCACUCUAAGCAAUCGAGGUGCGGUGUCGAGCCAUGUUCCGGCUGUGCAUAUGACUUAUCCGAUGCGAGAAGGCCAUGGGCCGAAGUCUGCAACAGCAGAGGAGGAUGUUUCCAGCUUCAAGGAAGCCCCACAUCAUUCAGGACUGUCUCUGCAAAUAGGGUGACGACAAUGACGAGUACAUUUUGUAUGCAGGCUCUCCACACUUGCCUUUGGAACCCGGAGAGUUGGCAUUCACCGUGCGUAAUCGUGCGUAAUUGAUUUCUAGGCAGAGGAAUAACUAUCUCCAAGGGAAGUGCUAGACAACAAUGGGCUACCGGAGUCAGAAGCAUCGUAGAUGUGAUACGUUGGCCUUUCCUUUUCGCUGGUGAACGCCGAGGUUUCAGAGAGGGAGAUGUGUCUUUUUAUGGGGAGGAGAGAGAUGGCAAAUUCCUGGCAACAGUUGCCCCUCUGUGCUUAGGGGGCUGCUAGCAGCUACUGCAUUCUUCAUGUCUGCGUUCGUACUUGGCGAGGACGUGCCAGGCUGCCAGCCUUAUCUCCUCAAAGAAAUUCGUACAGAAACACUUCAUCAAGCGUGAACUCAGUUUUUUUAGUUGAGUUCCAUCCAAUAUUCGUUUUUUUUCUUUUUUAAAGUUUUUUUUUCUUUUCUUUCGUCGAGUUCCAUCCAAUAUUCGUUUUUUUUUUAGUUGAGUUCCAUCCAAUAUUCGGUUUCCUUUUAGUUUGGUUCCGUCCAAUGUUCGCUGGGGUUGCAUGAUUGCUCCCCUUUCAAUGUACCAGUAGCCUGUCCUUUGUGCACAGCUCAUGCAAGAGGUGGCCAACUCCGGGACAGAAUAGGGUCCCUGUGCUGAGUUGUUGAAGUGUAUAGAAGCGCACCAGUUGAUAAAAAGUGCACUUUUCCAUCGAUUAUAAAUUUUGUGAGUUCCGUGUUUUCCCUGUUUGCUUAAACACCUGGUGGCGGCGGUGGUGCCAAUGUGAUAUUUGUUUCGGCCACUCUAGCGCUCGUAAUUUCAUAGUGAAGAAGUUGAUGGAUCGCUGGUGCCGUCGGAGAGUCUCAAGGUCAAUCUGCGCGUUUUUUUGGUACCGUUGUCAUGUUUAGUUCAUUUUCUCUAGAAACAAUGGACGCAACUGGGUCGUAUUUGGGCACAAAACACAUGUUCCAUGAAGGCAGGAGAAUAAAUUGCACAAGGAGAG